AUGGAGGGGAAGGCACGCCGGCGCGGUCACGCGGAAAGAGCCUUCGCCUGCGCUCGGCUGGUCCACUUUGCUGAGGCCGAGCUCGAAAAUCUUCGCACAUCUUCAUCGCAAAGCGCAAGCUUCGAUCUGCCAGUUCAAUGCAUGCACAAGGUGCCGGAGAUCAGUGCCGCUCUCGCUGCAGCAGACGCACCCGAGCGCGGUGCCGCCGACGAUGACCAGGCCCUGAAGUGGAAGCAAAAGGGCGACGAGCUGUACGGGCAAUGGCAGGCCGCUGAACGACAGUCCCGCGGCAGCCCAGGCCCGCACGCACGCCUGCUCGGCCAAGCACUACGUGCCUACACGGAGGCCCUUUGCUGCGGCGGAGCCAGAACGAAGCUGGGUGGGCUGGCCUACGCCAACCGCGCUGCGGUGCUGUACCAAAUGGAACGCUUCGACGCGGCUGCCGAGGACUGCGACAGGGCGCAACAAGCAGGCUAUCCGGCAGACAAGCUGUUCAAACUGCUGCAGCGACGGGGCAACUGCCGGCUCCGCCUGGGCCAGCCAUCGCUCGCCUGGGUGGACCUGCAGCAGGCGCUGGCGCUCUUGAACGAGCGUGCCGGUCAGGAGGCCAGCCUUGCGCCCGUCAAGGCCCAGAUCACUAAAGAGGUGGACCAGGCGAGAAGGGCCAUCGCAGGAGAGAAGAAGGGGCAGAGGAAGAAGGGCGAGACGAGAGGAGCCGCUACGGCACAGCCUUCGCCUUCGAUGGACAACCCUCGCAUUGCUCACGCUUCGUCCGCCGUCGCAAUCCGGCGUAGCCCAGAGGCGGGCCGCUUCGUUGUGGCUGCGGAGGACAUCAAGUUGGGCGAGCCCGUGACGCGCGAAGAGGCCUACGCUGCCGUUCUGCUUCGGCCCUACGAACUGACCCACUGCCACCACUGCUUCACCCAGGAGGCGGUGCUCAUCCCGUACACGUCCAGCUCGUCAUUCGCUUCAACCCCGCUCUCGGUCGGCGUCCGACGGCGUCGCGCUAACGUAGUUGCUGUCGGUGCUCGUGGGCACGCUUUUGUUCCGAGCGAUGUCGAGAAGCGGCCGCCUGGUACCAUGUCUACGAGUGCCUUCUUCGAGGCGGCCCCCACGCUGUUGGUGUUGUGCCUGCGCAUCCUUCUCCGGCGACAAGCACGCGAAGGAGCUGCGCAGGGCCUUGAUGGUCGGGCGCCGACCACGGGCCAGCCCCUCCGUGGCCUGGUCCCGCGCGGAGACGACGAGUGGCGAGCCGACUACGGAGACAUUUGCUCGCUGCUGCCGCAUGUCGAGGACCUGCCGAAGGAAACGAUCGAGGAGUACCUCCGGUACUGCAUCGUGGCGCGAGCCUACGUCGAGCACAGAGCGAAUCGCGCAAGAGAAGAAGAGGAACAACGAAGGCAGAUAGGCGGCGGAGGCGAGAACGAUGUACAGAGCAAGAACGAAAGCGAAGACGAUGACGAUGUGCGUAUGGGGAAGUGGAUGGACAUCAGGCUGCUGUUUCGACACCUGUGCCAGACCCACACCAACGUCUACGCCAUCUACGAAGUUGCCGACGAUGAUGAGCACGGCGGCGGUACGAAGCCGAUACGACGAGUCGCUGAGGCCAUGUACGCCACCGGGAGCCUGUUCAACCACUCCUGCCGUCCCAACACCGUGCUCAACUACGAGGGCCGAGUCCUGACGAUAAGGGCAUGCGAGGACAUUGCCAAGGGCAAGGAGGUGCUAAAUUGCUACGGCCCGCACGUGGCUCAUAUACCGUCACGUGACGAACGGCAGAAGGCGCUGCGCCACCAGUACUUCUUCACCUGUCGCUGUGACGCAUGCUCCAGCAGUGUCGAGCAGGGAGGCCAGGACUUUGACUACCUGGUGUGCGGCUCGGAGGGCUGCACACGCGAACUCCAGAUCAACCCAGAGCAGCUGCGCCAGGAGGUGGACAUCCGCGUCGUGCAGCGCGAGAUCAAGCUGGCCAGGGAGUUCUACGAGCGGGCGCGCCGAGCCCUCGAUGGCGGUGGUGGUGACGGUAGCGGUGAUGGUGACGUCGAGCGCGCGGCGCAGAGCCUGGCGCAUGCCCUGCGCCUGCGGGCCAAGUACCUCCACCCGCAGCACCGCGAGCUGGGGCGCACCCACGACGCGCUCGCCGAAGCCCACGCGCGGCUCGGGCGGUACGAGGCGGCCGCGACGCACCUCGAGCGCGCGGUGGCGGUACUCGAGUCGCGCUUCGCGCCCUUCUCCUUCGAACUGGCCGACCAGUACGCGAAGCUGGCCCAGGCCUGGUUCAACGCGCGCCGCGACCCGCGCCGCACGCUGGCCUGGAUCGACAAGGCCGAGCGUGUGUGGACCGUGCUCACCGGCGGUGGAGGCGACGAUGGUCGACCAUGUGGUGGGUCCCUCGUCAAGAGAGGCGGCCAGCGCGUGCUAGAUGAGCUCCACCAGAUGCGCGUCGAGCUGCGCCCGAUAAAUAAUAAAUAG